AUGGGAUCCAACUUGCCUUCUCGCAAACACAGCAAGUUCAACACGCGGUUCAGCCCAUAUGCCAGAGCUUCACCACGCGCCUUAAGGUCCUCGGAGGCACACGAGAUUCAGGAACUUGAAUGGGGAACCAAGGCAUCAUUGAAGUCUUAUCAGCUUGAGCUCCAACGACAAGAAGACGAUGUUGGAUCUGUAACACCUACUAGAGCCCCAGCUCUCCCUACGCCUGCCCCCGCUCUGCUAGACUCCCCGCGCGGCGGUGCACCGCCUGCGCCUAGAAAGACAGUGGUCUGGACUGCUGUGACCCCGCCUGGCGCUAUGACCCGCCCCUGGCCUAGAUGGCCUUGUACCUGUUCCAUGGAGGCUCCCUGCAUCUCGACGAGCGCCGUCUUACCGAGAUCGCCGGAGGAAUCCUUGACGUUCCGUCAAGGCCAGACCACGCUCAGCUUCAGUAGACUCACUCGAGUCGUCGCUGAGAAGACCUAUCCUAGUUCGCACACGUCGACCCACAGUCGACGUAACAGCAUCUGGAUAGGAUCAGAUAUGGAUAUCGACCUGCCCAUGAGUUCCGCUAGUGGGACAUAUGGAUGUGUGGACACCGCUAUGGAAGAUGAGGAGCAUAAGAUCCUCCUUGCCGUCAUUCCAGUGGGAGACUUUGUCGGCGGUGAGAGCGAGGGACACCAGUUCCCUAAGAGAAGAAGACUUGUUCACGGUUUGCAUAAAACUGUGGAGAAAUAUAUGCAACGUCACCUUGAUACAAAGGAUCCCCGUACUGACCAGGUUCGCGAGCGCGUGCAUAUAGCACUUCAAGCUGCAUUGGUAUGCGUCGAUGUUAACGAUGUCGUGCUGCCCAUGCAGAGCCCGGACAGCGGGAAUAAAGCAGCCCAGCAAACAGACAAUUAUCUCAUACCAUAUGUGAUCGCAAAUCGCAUCGUGAACGGUGUGACAAGCGGACUCCAAUUGCUCGGAAUUGCACUGAGCACGACAUCAAAGGAUUUGAAACCGACAUCCAGGGCAGUCUCAACCAUUUGGCAGUUUGUACUGCUGAGAGGUGCUGGCGACUUCCUCCGAGCCCCCUUCCUUGCCCGACAUUCUCAUUUCGAAAACUGUAACCCGACCGUGCCUGCUACCUUGUCAAGAAGGCAGUUGCUGAGCUUCAUAGUUUGGGUCCUUUUCCGCAACUCUUGCAUCGUUUAA